UAAAAUCGUCAACAAGAUAAUUGUUUAUUUGUUCCGUCUUUCGAAGGUAAAUGUCAAGAAAAAUGCACGCAAUAUGAUCAUGAGGAUUUCAUUACAAUUUGUGUGAUCAUAACUCUAUCUCUGUUCACUGCCAACAGCUCUUUCGAGGAAUAUACUUAUACUUGUAGCGAUAUGGAUAAUGAUGAUGAUGAUGAUGGGCACAUUCCCUUUAAGAUCUUUUCCCAGUUUCUUUGGACGUUCUAAUGAUCGCUUUCCCGCUGGGAGCGUCUUCCAAGACCUGCAUGACCUUCAGAAGGACAUGGAGGCCAUGUUCCAAAACCUGGAGGAUUUAAACUUCUCAGUUGGCUUUCAUUCCCCACCACUGAUUUAUGGUCAGGUUCCCCCACACAGACAGACUCCAAGAGACAUGAUGCUGAAGGAUUCAUUAGAUGAACCCCGAGUGGAGGCGAGCACCCCUCAGUCUGUCGCGCCCCGAGUGGAGGCUGGCACCCCUAAGUCUGUCACGUGUGAGCCGUGUUCUCUGCAGCGCCUGGCAGCAGAAAAAUCUACCUUCCAACCAACAUUCAACUUUUCUGCAAGAUGGGGAGAUCAAGAUGGACAUUUCUUUUCAAGUGCAACCAGUAGGUCCACUCGGUUCAUCCGCCACCCUGAUGGUAGCACAGAGAAGAUUGACAAGGUGACUGAGAAUGGUCGCACAUGUACCACAGUAACCAGGACUGGAGUGGACGGGGUGACCUCCACCAACACCACCUGUGAUCUGCCUUCACCAGACUCUGGUGGCACCCCUAUGCUACCCCCCAGUCCUGUGACACACAGUGGCCCCUCAGUGCCCCCAAACCUCACUGCUGCUUCUGUCCCAAGGGACCCAGAGCCAGGCAUGUCAGCAGAGGAUACCAGCUUCUUUAAUAAACUCUUCGGAUUCAAAGAGGCAAGUUCUGGCCUGACUACCGGUAAAAGUGUAAAACCAUAUUGAUGAAUGUAAACACUAUCACCACCGAGUCCAACAGCCACAUUGGGAUGAACACAAUGAACCAGUUCCAGCUAUUAAUUCUACCGUCCAACUUCAGCGUCAGCAAGAUGAUAAAUGCCAGCACCAUGAACCAACAGAACUGAACUUUGUGGACAAACGCCAUUUUAACAGAGUUUGUAUAUUGAUUUCAGAUUAAAUCAGAAUGUUUUCCUUUUGACAUUUC